AUGGUGUCCCAGGGGAUCCAGCUCUUUGGCAUCGUGUCGGCGCUGAUCGGGUGGAUGGGCGUGAUCGUCACCUGCGCGCUGCCCCAGUGGAAGGUGUCGGCGUUCAUCGGCGCCAACAUCGUGACGGCGCAGACCAUCUGGGAGGGCAUGUGGAUGAACUGCGUGGUGCAGAGCACGGGCCAGAUGCAGUGCAAGAUCUACGACUCCCUCCUGGCGCUCAGCUCCGACCUGCAGGCGGGCCGCGCCAUGAUCAUCAUCUCCAUCCUCGUCGGCCUCUUCGGCAUCCUGCUGGCCGUGGCCGGGGGCAAGUGCACCAACUGCAUCGAGGACCCGCGCGCCAAGUCGAAGGCGUGCAUCGCGGCCGGGGUGUGCUUUAUCGUGGGGGGGCUGCUGUGCAUGAUCCCAGUCUGCUGGUCGGCCAACACCAUCGUCCAAAACUUCUACAAUCCGCUGUCCAUCGUGUCGCAGCGCAGGGAGCUGGGCGCCGCCCUCUACAUCGGGUGGGCAUCCUCGGGGCUGCUGCUGCUGGGGGGGGGGCUCCUGUGCUGGAACUGCCCCCCCAAGGAGGAGUAUCGCUACGCAGCCAAGUUCGCCCCGGUCAGGACCAGCUCCUCUCCCAGGGAGUACGUGUGAAGGACCGAGGGCAUCUAUGGUGUGUGUGUGUGUGU